CCCACCAUUUCAUUUCCUCAGUGACUCAGUUCAUUACUCACUUGACUCACCCACUGAAUUUAUUUUUUUGUUGUUGUUGGUUUCCUUUUUCCUCUUUUUCUCCGUGCACCCAAAAGCCAGAGAGAAAGAGAAUUCUGUUGAAAAGUUUACAUCCAUGGCUUCCAUUUCCUCUGCUACUACCGCAAGUGCCCCGCCACCGUUUUACUUUGAUGAGAAGUGGAAGCUGUCAAAGAAGGAAGGGUCAUCCAGAAGCCGAUCCUCUACUGCUCCUUUCAUGAAGAGCUCGUCGCACAGAAGGUGUUCUUUCACAAGAAAGUGUGCUAGGCUUGUGAAGGAGCAGAGGGCGAGGUUCUACAUCGUGAAGCGCUGCGUCACCAUGCUCAUCUGCUGGAGAGACUAUAGCGAUUCUUGAAGAAAUUGAAAGAGGGAAAGAGAGAGGAGGGGGUCUAGAGGGAGAAACUUCUCUCUUUCCUCUUUGGUUCUAUGAGAUCGUUGUUGGGUAUGGAAGGAAGAGGAUGAAGUAUACGUGUAUAUAAUUUUUGUUUUUUUGUUUUUUCUUGCCCUUUUUGAUGUUUUUUGGGUUAGAUUUUUUUUGAGCUCUGAAUCUCCAUUGAAGGAGGAGACGGGUUCUUGAUGUUGCUGUUACUUCCACUGUUGCCUGUCUGAAAAUAGAGAGAGAGAGAUUGAAAUUGAACGAGAAUCAAAAAUAGCUUCAGCAUCCCAAUAUCGUUCCCACUUUAAUUUAAUUUCUCUGUUCGUUUUUCGUUGAUGGGUUUGGCAGAGACUUAAGACACUUCUUGAUUUCCCUA